CACAAUGCCACGUCUGAAAGGAACAGUUGUGUUCUCGGCGUUUGAAAAAGAAUUCUUCCUAGCAUUAAUUAAAAAGAAUGAGAAGGUUAUAUUCAGAAAGGCUAAUAGCACGAAUGAAAUACUUGAAAAAGAAAAGGUGUGGACAAAUUUAACGACGGAGUACAAUUGCAGGAAAGAAGUCCACCCAAGGAGCACUCAACAGUUGAAAGUACUUUGGAAGAAUUUAAAGACGCGAGCAAAAAGCGACGUCGCGGCGAUUCGUGGAAAGCACUCGGAGACGGAUAGGCACGCAAAUAACGUCAACCAAAUCGGAUAUUACUCUGAACAAGUAUGUUCGAUUGUUAAGACUGAGCCAUGCAGCUUUUCAAACGACUACAACGACGAUACCAAUGUUCACCAGGAUAACACAGUAGUUCCUGAAGCAAAACAUGAGGAAUUCAGCGAUAACGGACAUGUCGGAACGUCAAUCGGUUCAAGCAACUUGGGAAUCAUUAACCAUCCAUCUGAGUUUUUGAGCCAAACUUCUGCUUCUUCCGGCCAUUCUUUUGUCAGUGAUUUACAUGUAAAAUCUCAACCUGCCAAGGUUAUAGAAACACCCUUCCAUGUAUUCAACCCAAGUGCCGAAAUAGGUAUCCUGGAGAAGCAUGAACAUGAUGUCAAAGUUAAACUCCUACUUGAAAAGCAUGCUUAUGAAAUGGACUCGUUAAAAAUGAAAAGACGCCAUGAACAAGAACUUUUUGAGCAACAAAUGAAAGUUAUGAAAUUGCAGGAAAAGGAAAUGAUAUGUAAACUGUAUGUGUAACGUGAUAGCUACAUCAAAACAUAUAACCAUAUAUCACGCCUUCAACAUGAAUAACGCAACGCAAGAGAUCCAUGUAUGCAGGAAUACCCCAUAUUUUGCUAUACCGGGUCACAAGUUUUAAUACAUGUACAUAUAUCCAAAUGGCGUCUAUUUUCCGACUAAUGAAUGAAACAUGUCUCAUACAGUGUUGGCUUCUGGAUCAAUGUAAGCAGGUUGUCGACGUGAUAAAUACGUUCUGAGGCAAGUAGGUGACCCGAUAUGAGAUAUUCAGGGAAGAGGGAACCAUAUUCGGGUAUAAGCUUCGCUCUCAUCCAUUACGGUUUCCGUUGCCACGUAUAUCCCAUAUCAGAUCGCCUACUAACCCCAUACUUUAUAAUAUCUAGUUUAUUUUUUGUGAUGUUAAAAUUAUUGUUUGAAAUUUGUUUAAACGGGAACACACUACGCACAACACUUUAAAAACACGGUGUUCAUAACACGUGAUAUUACGGCAUAUGUAAACAGGAUGUUGAUGGAUACUACGGCACAUUUGAAGAGAAUGUUGAUGGAUAUUUCGGUACAUGUACAAUGGAUGUUUCGAGCAUUGUUCAGCUGGACAUGAGAGCUUUUCACUAACCAUUAUUUCCAAAACUGUGUUACAAAACCAAACCCAUAAUGACCGAAUUAGUAUAAGGUAUGCAUACGCAAAAGAUAAUUAAGAACUAUUCGGUAGCUCAAGCGAAUAAGCGGAGCCAGCAAAAUAAGUAACUUAUUUGUAACAAUUUCACGCUUUGAAUAGCAUAUAUGGUUAAGUAAGGAUGUGCAUCUAAUAUACACGCAGUCAUCCUUCACCAUCUUUAGAAAUGAGAGCAAAUCUCUAUUGUCCGGCUAAAAGAAUGUUCUAAAUACGUAUAAGUCAAAUAAGUAUGGGCUUCAUGAAGACAUUCACGCUCAAAAUUACAUAACUACUUUUGUUUUUGCUUAUUAUAAGAUAAGACUGUUAUAUAUAUAUAUAGUAUACAAUGAUUUGAACUUUAAAGUAUGUUUCAUUUUCCAGUGCAAAUUUAACAUGUCAGAUAAGAAGUUGACUUUAAGUGUUUCCAUCCCAUGAAUUAUCGAUUACGACUGUGUCUCAUUUCUCUGCGUCUUUAUUUUGUUUAAAGAUGGUACUAGGUGAAAUCCCCCUUUGAAGUACUCGGUUUUCAAGGUUUUUUUUAGUAUGGGUCUCAAAAGAGGGUAGGAUUGGAUAUGCAAGAACAAAACAGGCGGUGAAAUGUUGCAAACUUCGCUAAAUGCAAGUAAAAAGAUAUUCAAAGCGUUCAAAAAGGGCUAACUCACAUAUUUCAAGCAACAAUUUUGUUACACAAUACGCAACUGCAGUUGGUCUACUUUCUUCAUGGAAAAAUAAACAACUGACUGAUACUCAUUUGAACAAACUUGUAAGUCCUAGCCUGAAUCCAUUCAAUUUUCAAUAAUGUUACACACGCUUUUUGGCAGCAUCUUAUGUCAUUUUUAAAGAAAAUAUUAAUAAUGACGCCGUUAAUUGAAUUGUUGCUGAUGUUAUGUAUACAAUAGGCGCUUUCUAAAGUAAAAAAAAGGUUUCAGAAAUGUUUGCUAAAAGAAGUUAA